UUGUUCACACUCCGGUACAGUAGAGGACGAUACUGUGGGAUUUGUUUUUUAAUACUAAACAGAAAAAACAAACAAAGAAGAAGCUCCAUCUUGCGUUACGUUACUGUUGUAGCAAGUCUGGAGACAUAGCCAUCAAGCUACAAAUUGAAAAUGCCGGCUUAUCAUUCGAGUUUGAUGGAUUCUGACACCAAGCUGGUGGGGAACAUGGCUUUGCUUCCCCUGAAAACCCAGUUUAAAGGUCCCGCUCCUAAAGAGACCAAAGAUUCUGACAUCAUUGACGAGGCCAUCUACUACUUCAAAGCUAACGUAUUCUUCAAAAACUAUGAAAUUAAGAACGAAGCAGACAGAACCCUGAUUUACGUAACCCUGUACAUUUCGGAAUGCCUGAAGAAGUUGCAGAGGUGUGGCUCCAGGGGCCAAGGAGAGAAAGAGAUGUACACGUUGGGCAUCACAAACUUCCCCAUUCCAGGAGAGCCAGGUUUCCCACUAAAUGCCAUGUAUGCCAAGCCCACCAACAAGCAGGAAGAGGAGACCAUGAGAGGCUACCUUCAGCAGAUUCGACAGGAGACUGGUCUGAGGCUGUGCGACCGGGUUUUUGACCCCCAGACGGAUAAGCCCAGCAAGUGGUGGAUUUGCUUUGUGAAGAAACAAUUUAUGAACAAAAGCCUGUCUGCGCCAGGACAGUAGACAGCCACAGGACAUUUCAGAUGCAAGGUUGAACUUUGUCUGUUUGGAUAUCCUUUUGUGAAUUAUUUUAAUAUAUAUGUAUAUAUAUACUGUGCAUCCUGGAUGUAAUUAAAUGAACAUACCUUGUUGGCCGAUUCAUGAUUAAGCUGGUGCUUAAUAAAACAAAUAGUUUCCCCCACA